AUGCCCGCUGCACAUCCUGGUUACCAUUGUCUCGACCUGUAUGCUUCCCAUACAUUUCAUCGCUUCCUUAAGUCAGCCGCUAGGAGUCCCAAAGAGACCAUCAUGUGUAGAAACGAACACUUCGAAGAUUCAAAUCCUCCUCAUAUAAAACACGAAAACACCGGUACAAUCCGCAAUCGUUUGCGAACCCUCGCCAUUCCCUUCGAUCUAGCAGACAAAAUUAGGACAGAAGAUUCGGAUAUGUCAGAUCAUGGGGAAGAAUCAGAGCUUGCCAUAAAAUGGGGCAAGGCCAUGGCCAAAGUCUGCGAGGUCAACCAUCGUGGGCUCUAUCUGCUCCUCAUGUCAUUUUAUCAUCAAAUCGACCAUCAACGUCGGCUUCUCAAACCCUCCGAUUAUUCUAUCUCUGAUGUUCAGAUAUUACAGCCUUUUCUUCGAGGCCUCCCCGAAUCCAAGACGUUAACAUCUGAAGCUCUGUGGAUGCAGAUGAAUUUUGGGCAAAACUACUUUACUCCACCCGACUUUUUGAAAGUCUCUGGCUUUUCAGACGAUAUAUGGCAAUUUGCCGUCCUCAAUCCACCAGCACGAAUCCGAGAUCGGUUUAACGCAGCUGUUAUUCAAAACAACGGGCAGAUGUCGGUACGAUGGCACGGCACUGCAAUCAAUACUCUUCACUCUAUCCUUCAAAACGGUUUCCAGACCGAAAAAAUCUGGACUGCUGGAAAACCGGGCGUAUCAUGGCGAUAUGCUUUCAAACAGGGUGCUCGCGAUGCACUCAAAGCUGUUCGUCAUCCAUUAUAUGACUAUGGCAUAUUACUAGGUCUGGAAGUGGCCGACCCGCCAGUUCCUACAAUCGUUACUCAUUUACAGGCCGAUGCCGACAAAUUCAUGGUGAGGUAUGUAUUCGUAUUACCUCCAAACACGCCAAAGCCUAGGGCUACGGCGUCGAGACACAUAGCGUUAUCGAUGGAGGCGGCAUUCAGGGAAUAG